AUGGAAGAAAAUGUAGUGGAAGUGACUCCAGCACGCGCUAGGAAGAAGAAAAGAGCACCAGAGACGUGGAAACGAGCAAGGGCAAAGGUUGAAAGGUACUCUGAAAAAAUGCCGCCGAGUCAGCCUCGCUGUAAUCAUGAUGCCGAAAACAAACAAUUUAAGUUUUGCAAAUUAACGAUGUUGGAUAUACAUAAAUUCCAUGAAGAAUUUUAUAGGUUAAAGAAUAAAAAGGACCAGGAUGCAUUUUUAUUAAAACACUGCCGUGUGUCAAAGGUCAAGAGACGCCGGCCAAGAGUUGAACAACGGCAGCCGACGCAACACAUAACAAAAUGA